UGUUUUCAAUAACUGAAAUCUAUUUGUUGCAAAAAUACAGUUGUGUUGAACUAAUCAUGUUUUGUUUUCAAAACAAUAUAGAAUAAUUGUUGAUUUUACUAGUAUGAUGAACAAAUAAGUAUAUUUUUGAAACAACAAUUAUACACUUUGUUCUGAAUAUAAAGUUUGUUUAUUUCAAUCAAUAACAUUGUAGAUUCGAAUAAUUUUAUUUUUCAGUGUGUAAAAGAAAAACGGAACAGUAAGUGCACCGCCAGCAUCGCCAUUUUGUUUACUGUCGUAAAACGUUUUCAUUAUCACUGCAAAAUGUCCGGGUCGGAUAAUUCACUUAUCGAGGAAUUAGAUGUUGAGAAAAUUUCUGUUGAGGAAGUGCGUCUUAUUGAAUUGCUCAAUAGCUUCGGACUAUCUGAGUCUAUUAUUGAAAGUUUUCUCGUCAAUGGCUACACUACUGAAACGCUCAAGAUAAUUCAGCGCAAGGAGAUUGAAGAAUUGAUUCCUCCUCCAUCCCUCGCAGAAAGAACCAAGUUUAUACAUCAUUUGGAUGCCUGGAGAGUAGCUCAGGGACUACCAAAAGUUGCCGAAUUGUCAACAGAAAGCGUUUCAUCCGCUAUACAAAGCACCAGUUCCGGUUCUACAACAAAGUCAUCCGGGAAAAAUCUGAUCACCCGUGAUUCGUGCACAGCCGCUUUUUUAUUGAACAACUCAUCGAAAGGACAAUCGAUUAUUGAGAACUAUAAAAAAGUUCAAUUUCUUUCCCGGUCUGAUAAAAAAAGCAUCACGCAUAUCGUCAUCGACGAGUUCAAGAACAGAUUCUCGAAACUGACAUCGUUAGAGUUGAUGGAAAAGGCCAAGGAGCUGAAACACAUUUUUCCGGGUGAGCCACAGGAAACAUGGUAUCAACCAACAUUCGUGACAGACAGCUCGGGAAGGAGGAAACGCAUUAACAAACAAGCAAAAGGUCGCUUGUAUGACAGGAACGUCAACUACAAGGAGGUGGACCAUCACAUUUCUCAGCAAGUAAUAGGUACAUCUGAACCUUCCACCGAAAAGGAUUCGGACGCUUCCAGUACAAACGUUGCAGAAUACCAGCAGGUGAAGGCUUGGCUUGUCCACAACCAAGACGAAUGGGAGGAGCUGAAAGCAAAGUGGAAACGAUCCAGCCCCUGGCGGCUAUUGGAAGUUGCUAAGAUCAACGGUCGCACAUGUUCUUCUAUCCUUGCUGAGUAUCCGACACUACGAAAUCACCGAGGAUAUCAACUUGUUCAAAUCGAUUUUGCACAGAAGUUUUCGGGAAAAGAUGAUGUUCUAUUCGAACGCUGGAUAGGAUUUUCCAAAGUCGUGGAACAAAUUUUGCAACUUGAAGUGGCAGACGUCAAUGGGAGAGCGCUCCUCGCAUGCUUGGAUGCGGGUGAAGUUACCGAGGAUGCUCGGAACUAUGUGAUUGUUGCUCUUCUCGCCCACAUACUGCCUCGUGCACACAUUAAGUGUCCGGGUAAGAAACGGUGGAAGCCCUCCAACAGUGAAGCGCAGGAAGGUGUAGUGCUCCAUGUGCAGCAGCUAUCCGACCUAGAAUCAACUCUUGCUCGUCUGUUCAAAGGAUUUCGUGACAGAGGAAUUUCUUCUGCUCCUUUCAUCGUCAUUCACGGUGAAGAUUGGAAGAACCCGACCAGUUUCACUGUCUGGAAUAAUGUGGUGUCUUACAAGCUGCCAAGUUUUCUGAAAGCUUUGGACAUAUGCAUCAAGAUCUACAAGACUUACAGUAUCGAUUAUCCACCGCAGUCAGCUAUCAUUUGGAAGCUGCUGUCCACGUACUUAUUUGAAAUCGACGAAUCUGAGCAGAACCCUACUGUUGAAUCUUUGUGCUCAACAAUACGCCAAAAAUUAUCAUCAGAAUGAUUCGCUGCAUCGUUAAUAAAUGUUUUUGGAAAGCAACCUCGAUCAACAGCUUGUACGAACAUUU